UUUAAUUGUUCAAGGGUUUGUUCUGCUAGUUCUUUAAGAGUUAAGUAUGCUGGUGUUUUUGCUAUAAAUUUGUGAACUUUGUAUUGUUUGGAUAUCUUAAGUAGGUGUAAUGCAUGUAAAAUUUACAGUCUUUCUUGGUUAUUUGUGGCGUUCUUUUGCUUUUACCUGCCUUAUUCUGUCCAAUUUCAGAACCUGUGUGCUGAGUUAUUAUAAAAGGAGAUGUGUUUAUGAAUAGUUUGAUGUUAGACUUAAUAAAUUGCAAGCAUUUGAAUUGUUCAAAAUUAGGAAUGUCUAUGGCUACUGUCUUUAUGCUGAUUUAACAAUUUAAGAAUCAAAACCAAUUAUAAGGGCACAAGAUUUUGAUUAAUUUAGUCCACAGGAAUCUACCAUUUGAUUUAUUAUAUUUGACCUUGGUUUUAGUUCAUUGUUUGUGUUAAACUUGGUUUUGUGAGUCAUUGUUCAUUGUUUGUUUUUAGUUCAUUGGUUUUAGUUCACUCCUUAGCUUUCUUCCAAGUGAUGGCCCUGAAAUGGUUUAUGUAAUGCAUCAAGUAUAUAGGCCUACAAAUCUGUCAAGGCAAGCUUCGACCAGUGAAGAUUUGGCUUGUUUAUGGAAAGAGUUUAACUUUAGGCUCAGGCUUGGCAAAAUUAUUAAACAAGCCAAUCACUACCUCCUUCUCAUAAACAAACCAAAACUGAGCCAAAGUCUUUCUUAAUAAACAUAAGCUAUAAAUAAAAUUAUUCAAAAAAAUUAAAUUAUUCAUUUUCAAUAUCGUAAUAUAUACUUUUAAAUAAUUUCAUAAUUUGUAUAUUAAAAUUCAUAUACAUUACAAAAUUGAAAAAAAUUAUGUUUUGAUAUGACUUUUUUAAUAAAUGAUUUUAAUUCUGUAUGAAUAUCAUAAAUAUAAUAAGAACCUCUUAAAUUUAAAAUUAAAUUAUUGAUGAAGUUAUAUAUGAGAUGGUUCAUGAGCUUGUAAAGACUCACAAGGUGAGCUUGCCUGGGUCAUAUGUCAACUGAGCCUUAAGUGAGCUUUUAUUAAGCUGAGCUCCAACUCCAAGUAGGUCACGGGCAGCUAGGCUCGUUUGCAGCCCUAACUAGCUUCAAAUCAAAGAAAAUAAUUAUGUAAUAUAGGGAUUUCUUCUGUGGCUGAGAACCAUCUGUGACAUACAAAAAAUCCCCAGCCUCAAACAAAUUUUGGGCUCUUGGAAAUGGAUAACAGGAAAUCAUUGCUUAGGCUCUUAGUGGUAGGCAUUCCUGCUAGGCCACAUUUGUAUGCGGUUCUUUACAUGUUGCACGCAAAAAAUGUGAAACUAUAUUAUCUAUUAACAAGUUUUAGUCAUUGCAGCUGAAUAGUAACUAUGUGGAUUGAAAGGAAGUCAUGUAACAUGAUUAGAAUGUGUUGUUGUGGCUUCUGUAUCAGAAAAUGUCUGAAUAUCUUGACCUUGCUGUGCAUGGAAUAAUGGGAAAGUAUUAUUAGGUCUAGUCCAAGCAUAUGGCUUUUAGAAAAUGCCAAAACUGGGUUUACUUAUAUGGUUGGCAAAAUCAUUUGUACAUCUCUGUCCAUAUUUGCCACCAUUUUGGGGUCAAUAAUAAAUGAUUAAAUUGUGGAGCCGAACAUUCUUUGUGCGGAAGAAGAGAGAUGAUGUUGCUUUUUCACCAAGAGAUCAGCAAUCUGUUGAAUCAUUUCUGCAGCUUAAAAGGGGCGGUGGCAAUGUCCCUUUUACACAAUAUUACAGAAGUGUCAUGGAAAAGUCUGCUUCUGGGAGUCUGCUUACUAAUAAAAAUAUAAGUUACCUGGAGCAGAAGAAAUCGAAAAGAAAGAGGCAACACUCGAAACAAUAAUGUGGGUAUGGCUGCGAUUGGGGAAGUGGGUUCAGAUUAAGUGGAAGUAUAUUUGUGAGAUGGAAACUGGGGGAAGCAUAAGAGGGAAUUACUGAGUAAUGCUUUCCUCCUACCCCAUUUGAUGAUUUAUAAGAUUAGAGAAUCCCCUGCUUCCCUCUCUCUCUCUCUCUCUCUUUUUUUUUUUUUCCUGAGUCUUGGGUGGGGAACUGGGCAGGUGGAUAUAAAUUGUUUCUAACAGCAGAGCGUCCCUUAGGCCUCAUAAAUUCUAGUCUUGAAACAGAGAUUCAACGAGCACUGUUGUUUAGAUGUUCAGGACACCAGGUGGAAAUCCAUUUGCCAUGCUGUAAGGGUAAAAUCAAAGUUCUGAUAUAUUAAUAUCGCUGGUGUAAUUAUUUGAAUAUUCAAUCCAUUGAAAAACAAAGACUGAAAAAUUAUCUUGUUGAUAAAUCAGAUCAAAGUAAAGCAUUUAAGGGGAUGAUGCUUAAUUAUUUCA